CUCCCUACCGACGCAAUGGCAGUUUUCAGCUGUGAUUUGCUGCUGGAGGUGAACGGGCGGGCGCCCGCCUCCCGCCGCCACGCCGCCUCCCUGCUGGGCGAUGGCGCGGACCGCGUGCAGCUGCGCCUGCGCCGCCCCCAGCGGCUGAGCGCCGCCCCCGCCGCCGCCGCCGACAUGGGCUCCAACGUGAGCCGCCACCACUCGGCCGGCAAGGGGCUGUCGGGCCGCCGCACCCAGUCCAGCGGCAACCUGUGCAACGGCCACAAGGUGCUGGUGGCGGCGGCGUGCGUGGCGGGCGAGCGCGGCAAGAAGCUGUGCGGCUCGCUGCCCAACCACCUGGACAACAACAACGACGAGUUCCCGCCGCCCGCCGCCGCCGGCGAGGCCCUGGAGCUGCGGCUGCACCCGCUGCCCGACCAGGGCUACGCCUCGGAGCGCUCCCCCGACGAGGAGCGGCCGCCCCCGCCCCCGCCCCCGCUGCUGCUGCCCGACUACCCCUUCAUCACGGCCGAGACGACGUUCGAGGUGCGCGUGGAGAAGGGCAGCCGCGGCCUGGGACUGAGCGUGGCCGGCGGGGCGGACUCCGGCGGCCAGUGGCCGGGGCUGAUCCGCAUCAAGAGGCUGUUCCCGCACCAGCCCGCCUGGCAGACGGGGCGCCUCAGCCAGGGCGACGUGCUCUUGGCGGCCAACGGCGUCCGACUCUCGGGCCUCUCCAACUGCCAAGCGCUGGAGGUGUUGAGACGGACUCCCAGCAGCGUGGUGCUGGUGGUGUGCCGGCCCCCGGCCGACGUGUUCAGCCCGCCGCCCCCCAGCGAGCCGCCGCCCCCGCCCAGGAGGGACCCCGCCCACAGCAUCACCACCGCCUCCAGCCUCGCAGUGCCGCCGCUGCAGCCGGAGGGCCCGUCCGGGGAGUUUGACAUCUUCCUGACGAAGGUGAACCACAGCCUGGGUUUCACCCUGCGCAAGGAGGACGAGAGCGUCCUGGGGCACUACGUCCGAGCCCUGGUGAGGGAGCCCGCCCUUUCGGACGGGCGCAUUCGACCGGGAGACAAGAUAGUGGCUGUGAACGAUGUGGACAUAUCCCCGAUGAGCCACGAGGAGGCGGUGAUGUUCCUGAGGCAGUGCGGGGACCACGUGAAGCUGCGGCUGUACCGGGACGCCUCUCAGACGCCCGUGUCGGCGCUCUCUCCGACCGAGGAGUGCAAGCUCUUCCGGCCCAAACCCAUUCUCAGGAAGGAGGCGAUGGACAUGCUGUCGGACCUGGCGGUGAGGAAGCUGUCGCCCGGAGACUCGAACAGCUCGAGCUGCAGCCGGCUGCGACGGCUGUCGGACGGCCACAGCUCGUCCUCGCCGUGCUCCAGUCCGCGCCGCCGCCGGCUCACCAAGACGCCCUCCCCGGAGACCCAGCCCCUCACCCAGGACAAGGUGGCGCAGAAGUACGCGGUCCCCGGCAACGUGGGCAACUCCGACUCGUCGGGCGAGAGCUCCAACACCACCACCGACACCUGCACGUAUCGGAGCAGCUUCGACUCGACGGCGGCGCGGGGCCACGGCAGCAGCUUCGCCUCGAGCGUCGGCGGCAGCGAGGACGGCGGGGGGCCCGACCAGCGGCCGCAGCGGCCCAACUUCCUGGACCUGUGCGGGGCGGCGGGCGCCGGGCUCGCUCCGGGGGCCGCCCGCAGGCCUCAGUUCGCCCUCCCGACGGCCGGCGACGACGGGUGGGGAGGGGACGCGUACGCGGGGGGCAACCCCCCCUCGGAGCCGGCCAGCAUGCCCCCGCUCACGGACCUGUCGUCCACGUCCAGCACGUCCACGGCGUUCAGCUACCGCAACCCCGCCUACCAGUCGGCCUGCCCCGCGCCCCGGGGGAAGACCUCGGAGGACCUGCUCCUCCCGGGACGCUCCUCGGACCAGGACAUCCCCGCCAAGGUGUUCGGCAGCUGCCCCGACGGCUCGGACGGCACCCGGGGCCUGCUCAAGUGGAAGGGCGUGGUGUUCACGCCCGAGGACGAUGGCGCGGGGGAGGAACCCCGUAAGAGCGACGCGGGGGAGAGCACGCGAGAGCAGAUAAGAGAGAGACCGCAGGAAGGCCAGGUUCUCAUGGUGGAGCUGACGCGGGGCUGGAACAGCCGGCUGGGGUUCAGCCUGCGGGAGGAUGGGGCAUGCACGGUGAUCAGCGCCGUGUACGCGGACAGUGUUGCUGCCAAGGACGGGCGGCUGCGGGCGGGGGACCAAGUCAUCAUGGUGAACGAUGAAGACGUAACCAACAUGAGCACCGCGGACGUGAUAGACCUCCUGAGGAAGAUGCGUGGCACAAUAGGCAUCACGGUGUUGAGGAAGCAGAGACCUUGUACACAGACUUCGUGACUGCACCAUUAGGGGAAUGCCUAGGUAUCAAUGUUUUCUGCUCCUGCGAUGGAAUGGUGUGGUAUUUACUGUGAUGUAGCUGUAAGGAAAGAAAUCUAUAAAAAUAUAGCAAAUUAAUGUACCUAUUUUACAAAUUGUGUUCUUCCUGAACAAGGUUUCACUACUACAGCUAUGAAAGAAAUGGCAAGUAAAGUAGGCCGGGAACAUGCAGCAAAUAUAAAAUGAAUAGUAAUACCCUGUUUUCUCGUAUAAUCGUCGCACAUUUUAUUCUAAAAUCGAGUUUCAAAAGUAGGGGUGCGACGAUUAUGCGGGGGAAAAAAAAGUUAUUCACAAAAACAAAACCCGUUCAUGGAAAGUACUUUU